GCACUCGGGCCCACCGGCUCCCGCCGCACUUCUCCGUCUCCUGUUCCCCUGAUUCUUUACCACUCUAGCCACCAGAGCCUUGCACCGCCAAGAUGAGUCGUACCGAGGCUGAUUUAGCCAUCAACAUUCGCAAAGCUACCAGCAUCGAGGAAACCGCACCAAAACGGAAACAUGUUCGGAGCUGUAUCGUAUACACAUGGGACCAUAAAUCCUCCGCCGCCUUCUGGGCUGGAAUGAAGGUCCAACCUGUCCUUGCCGACGAGGUCCAGACCUUCAAAGCGCUUAUCACUAUCCACAAGGUGCUCCAAGAAGGUCACCCAAUAGUAAUUCGUGAAGCGCAGCAACAUGCCAAUUGGAUCGACAGCCUGAUGCGCGGUGUCGGUGGUGAGGGUCUUCGAGGAUACGGACCCCUGAUCCGAGAGUACGUUUACUUCCUCGAGUCGAAGCUCGCAUUCCAUAGGAACCACCCCGAAUUCAACGGCCUCUUCGAAUACGAGGAGUACAUCAGUCUGAAGACGAUUAAUGAUCCCAAUGAGGGAUAUGAAACCAUCAGCGACCUCAUGACUCUUCAGGACCAGAUCGAUGCCUUCCAGAAGUUGAUUUUCUCGCACUUCCAGUCGGGCACAAACAAUGAAUGCCGCAUUUCUGCGUUGGUUCCGCUGGUGCAGGAGAGCUAUGGCAUCUACAAGUUCAUCACCAGCAUGCUAAGAGCCAUGCAUACAACCACCGGUGACGUCGAAGCCUUGGAGCCCCUCCGUGGUCGAUAUGAUGCUCAACACUACCGCCUCGUGCGAUUCUACUACGAAUGUUCCAACUUGCGGUAUCUAACCAGUUUGAUUACUGUCCCCAAGCUGCCGCAGGACCCCCCGAAUCUGUUGUCGGAAGACGAUGAUCGUCCAGCUCUUCCCAGAAGACCAGCCAAAGAGCCCGAACCCGAGCCCACUCCACCCCCCAAGGCGGUGGCUGCUGAUCCAGAACCCAUCAACGAUUUCUGGACCACCGAAGCGAAGCGCCAGCAGGAGGAAUAUGAGGCGGAGCAACGCCGUUUGCAACAGCAAUGGGAGGAACAGCAGCGGCAACAACUCUUGGCGCAGCAGCAGGCACAGCAGGACUUCGAGGAACAGCAACGUCUCCAGGCAGAACAACAGCGUCUGGCUCAUGAGCAAUUGUUACGUGAACAAUAUCAGACUCAAACACAAGGUCGACUGGCUGAGCUGGAGCAGGAGAACCUGAAUGCACGGGCCCAAUAUGAGCGCGAUCAGCUGAUGCUGCAACAGUACGACCGCCGGGUUAAGGAUCUGGAGGAGCAGAUGAACCAGCUGACUGCAAACCUGAACUUGCAAAAUGCUUCCAAGGAUGAUCAAAUUAGAGCACUUCAGGAGCAGGUGAACACAUGGCGGUCCAAGUACGAGGCCCUAGCCAAACUUUAUUCGCAAUUGCGCCAGGAGCAUCUCGAUUUGCUGCAGACCACGAAGAGCCUCAAGCUCAAGGCUGCAUCAGCUCAGGAGGCGAUUGAUCGUCGUGAGAAGCUUGAACGCGAGCUCAAGACGAAGAAUCUGGAGUUGGCCGAUAUGAUCCGCGAGAGAGAUCGCGCAUUGCAUGACCGAGACCGCCUGACCGGCAACAACAAGGAGGAACUGGAGAAACUCAAGCGGGAGCUCCGACUUGCCAUCGAACGCGCGGAGAAUGCUGAGCGCUCCAAGGGUACAGAAAUCUCCACUUUGUUGUCGAAAUACAACCGGGAGAUGGCCGACUUGGAAGAGUCUCUCAGGAAUAAAACUCGUGCUCUGGAAGAGUACACUUCAAGAAACUCGGAACGCCAGGGUGACCACGAGCUCGCUCUUCGCGAGAAGGAUGAGGAGAUUGAGGUGUACAAAUCUGGAAUGGAGCAGGCUUUGAUGGAACUCGAGGAGUUGAAGAUGAGCCAAGGCGAUGUGGACACAGCACUCGAUACACAAAUUGACCAAGUGUUGCAUGGCACCGUGGCCAAGAUCAACGACAUUAUUGACUCUGUUCUUCAGACCGGUGUUCAGCGGGUGGAUGAUGCUUUGUACGAAUUGGACUCCACCAUGCAGGCUGGUAAUCAGAACGCCUCGCCUCCCUAUGUGCUUUCUCAGAUUGAAAAGGCGUCUGCAUCGGCCACGGAGUUUUCCACGGCGUUUAACAACUACAUCGCCGAUGGCCCUAACAGCACCCAUGCGGAGAUUAUUCGUACAGUCUCAAUCUUUUCGGGCGCGAUUGCCGAUGUUCUCAGCAAUACCAAGGGUUUGACUCGUCUCGCCAAAGACGACAAGAACGCUGAUCAAGUAUUGAACGCAGCCCGCAAGUCUGCCCAAGCAACAGUACGGUUCUUCCGGGGAUUGCAGUCCUUCCGCCUCGAGGGACUGGAGGCUUUGCAAAAGACUGACGUGGUGAUCAACAACAAUCUCGAGGUGCAAAGAGAUUUGCAGGCUCUGUCGAAAUUGGUCGACGUCUUCGCUCCUAAGAGCGCGAGAAUCACCACCAAUGGAGAUCUUGGAGACCUUGUUGACCAAGAACUGUUGAAGGCGGCUGAUGCCAUUGAUGCUGCGGCUCAGCGCUUGGCGAAGCUCAAGAAUAAGCCUCGCGAUGGCUACACCACGUAUGAGCUUCGGAUCAAUGACGUCAUUCUAGAAGCUGCUAUUGCUGUCACCAACGCAAUCGCUGAGCUGAUCAAGGCAGCGACGGAGUCGCAGCAAGAGAUUGUCCGUGAGGGCCGCGGUAGUUCUUCGCGUACUGCGUUCUACAAGAAGAACAACCGUUGGACCGAAGGUCUAAUCUCGGCGGCCAAGGCCGUUGCCAACUCGACCAACACCUUGAUCGAGACGGCUGAUGGAGUUAUCUCUGGUCGCAACUCGCCUGAGCAGCUGAUUGUGGCCAGUAACGACGUGGCAGCGAGUACGGCUCAGCUGGUGGCGGCCAGUCGUGUCAAGGCUAGCUUCAUGAGCAAGACCCAAGACCGCUUGGAGACUGCUAGCAAGGCCGUUGGCUCCGCAUGCCGGGCUUUGGUGCGGCAGGUGCAGGGUAUUAUCAAGGAGAAGAACCAGGAUGACACGGAAGCGGUCGACUACACCAAGCUGGGCUCGCAUGAGUUCAAGGUGCGAGAAAUGGAGCAACAGGUCGAGAUUCUCCAACUCGAGAAUGCGCUUUCUCGCGCUCGUCAACGCCUGGGAGAAAUGCGCAAGAUCUCUUACCAGGAAGAUUAAAGUCGCUGAUGUGAUCGGUCUGAUUGAGACGUGGGUGGGUUUCGUGUGCGAUUACCGCAUGUCGCAAUGGUUCUCAGCGUCCUUAUUCCUACUAUUUGGUUUGUCGUUUGUCG